AUGGCUAAACGGACGCUCGAAUCAUUCUACAAACCCAUCAGUAAACCGAAGAAACCGCGUGUGGAGGACACUCCAUCAUCCUACUCGCAUCAUCCAAGCUAUCCCUUCCCCAUCGCGGAUCUUCCCCCAUCCAUCGCCAACGCGCUCCCAGAUCUCCCAGCCACCACCCCUCGCAGCAUCACCAACCAGCCGCACCUGGAUCUACUCUACUACCAACCUUUUAUCCCGUCAACCACCGCCCGGGAGCUCUUCCACUUCCUCCGUCGCGAACUCCCCUUCUACCGCGUCCAGUACACCAUCCGCCGCGGACCGACUACCACCCAGAUCACCACCCCGCGCCUCACCACCGUCUUUGGCGUCGACGACACCUCCCUCUUCACCCAUUUACCCAAUGACUCUGACUCUACCUCCCAUCUAGUCGACAGCAAAUCCCGCAGCCCCAUCCCGCCCAACAAAUACAAAUCCAACCCCCGCCCCAUCCCCCCCUGCCUCGACGCCCUCCGCCAACGCAUCGAGGCCGCUACCGACGGCGCAGUCUACAACUUCUGCCUGGUAAACUACUACGCAUCAGGCGACGACAGUAUCGCCUAUCACUCAGAUGACGAGCUGUUCCUCGGCCCCAACCCAUGCAUUGCGUCGUUGUCGCUCGGCGCGAAGCGGGAUUUCCUCAUGAAGCAUAAGGCCGUGGAGGGUGUUGAGGCGACGCCAGUCAAGAUGGCCCUGGCGGACGGGGAUAUGGUGGUCAUGCGGGGGGAGACGCAGGCGAAUUGGUUGCAUUCGAUUCCGAAGAGGAGGGGUAGCAGGGGCGAGGCGCGCCAGGGGAGGAUUAAUAUUACGUUUCGGAGGGCGGUGGUGCCUGCUGGGACGGAGAAUUAUUAUAGGUAUAAUGUGGGGGAGGGAAAAGUAUACAGAUGGAGUGAGGAGGAGGGGAGGAUGGUAGAAAUUUCCUAA